AUGCAUCGCGGAAAAAUCGUGGUCCAAAUAUAUCAUACGAAACGAACUUCCCUAACAUCCCGCCACCUUCAACACCCAAAUGAACAAUGGACUCACAUUCUCCCUUCCUCCUCUGUUGAUGCCAGCCCCUGUUGCGUCGUCCCUACCGCGGACGGCGAAAUGGGCCCCACCAUCCCAACACCGCCUGCUUCCUCCACCGUUACCACCUCUUCAGUUUCUCAUCAGUCUCUUCCCUUCCGCAUCCUUGAGAUCAGUCUCGUGUCGGCCCAAGACCUUGCACCCGUAUCCAAAUCCAUGCGAACCUACGCGGUCGGAUGGAUCGAUCCCAAUCGCAAGUUAACUACGUCCAUCGAUCAAAAAGGCCACAUUAACCCUGCUUGGAACGAAAAGUUUGCGUUUCGUGUCGACGAUGAAUUCCUCUGCUCUGAUACCUCGGCAAUCACCGUCGAGAUCUACACAAUCUCGUGGCUCCGCCAUGUCCUGGUCGGAACUGUGCACGUUCUGAUCCAUAAUCUCAUUUCGUCAGCGGCUCGGCCACAAAACGACUCCGGCAUCAGAUUUCUUGCGCUCCAGAUUCGCCGACCAUCUGGUUGUCCUCAAGGAAUACUCAACAUGGGUGUUUUGCUUCUCGACAGCACCAGGAGAAGUAUGCCUCUUGAUGUUGAAAUGGGAAAAAAAGUUAAUAUACAGAGUCUUCAGGAGAAUGAAGACAAUCAAGAGGAGAAGAAAGUGCAGCAAAUAAAUGAAAAAAUCCAAUUCUGGAGGUCUUUGAGUUUAGGCACCGAUAUAACCCAUGAAGAAUUCCCUAUGAAAUCUGGGUCAAUAUGCAACGGGUCGAUAAUAAACGGGUCGACAUGUAACGAUUUAGAACUGUGCUCCGACGUUGGACCAUCGGCGUCAAUUGUGGCAGCAGAAAUUGCAAAAGGGUCAUAUGCUCAGGUGGCGUCAACGUCGAAGGGCUUGCAUAUAAGGGGAGAGGUAAAUGAAGUGGGGAAUUCAAUAUUGGAGGAGCUGACGGUGGAAGAAGCUAAGGCCAAAGGGUUGAAAACAGAUAUUGAGAGGUGGAGGACGGUUGUGCCACCAAGGUAUGGUCGUCGUGGAGAGAAACCUCAGCCAGUUAGUGCUCAUUCACGGCGGCACUCGGAUGGAGGAGGGUUGUUUUCGUGCUUUGGCAAUGCAUACGGGUUUGAGUUCACCAUCGUCUGUGGGGCUAGCAACAACAAUAUUCCAACUGCUAGAUUGCUUGAAGAACGUGGUGAAUUCUCAUAUGAAACGAAG